UUUCAAUCCGCGACCACCAAGUUCAACCGCAACGCGUCCGUGUCUCGACGCGCACCGGCCAGCAUGUCCGCACAACUCAACCCUGCAGUGAUCAGGACUAUCUGUGCCAUCCUUCUCGAUGACUGUCUGGACGCAGGUGUUCUGUCCAGACUCGCGCAGACGUGCCGCGCGUUCUUCGAGCCUACCAUCGACAUCCUUUGGCACACUAUCCCUUCGCUUGCCAUGCUGGCAUAUCUGCUGCCUUCAGACACGUGGAGAGUAGCAGAUGGACAGGGAUAUCUGAAAACGAUAUCCUUUGAACGCGCUCUCGUACCCUCCGACUUCGUCCGCUUUCAAGUCUACACUCAUCGUGUGAAGGCAUUUGGCAGGCUUCCCGGAACGUUUUGGCCGGACAGCAGGUACAGGUUGUCUCGAGAUGCCGUGGCAGCUCUGUACGAUUCGCGGCCCACCCCUUGUCUUUUCCCCAAUCUACAGCGGAUGCAACUGCACGCAGAACUUGUUCAGUAUGCGCCUAUGCUUCUCAACCCGAACCUGCGCACCGUGUCUCUCCGCAUGCACAAUGUGGGGCAAGAGCCUGGAAACCUUCGGACUCUGGAGCGCAUACCGAUGGAAUGCCCGCAAUUGACAACCCUCGUGAUCAACUGUAACUCAAAGGCCAAGGUGUUCACAGACACAAUAGAGACGCUUGCCUCGGGUCUUUCUUCUAUCGUCGUCUUUGAGCUGCUAGACAGCCCCAUCUCAGCGGCCGUUCUCGCCGUCCUCGCCAACUCUGCCAAUCUCAGGCGCUUGUGCAUCGCGCCAGAUAAGGACAGCAUCCCCUCGGAAAUGGCCUCUAGCCUUAUCAACAAGGACCGCGCCUUUGGAAAACUACGGGAGCUUGUCCUUCACGUCGGGCCUCUUGAGCACGCCACCCAAUUCAUCCCAUAUGUGACCUCGUCUCGUCUCGUUGGUCUGGUAAUAUCCUACCGGACUCCAGCAACGGCAGAAGAGAUAGAGUCGGUUUUCAAAGCGGUGCUCUCUCAUCCUUCCCGUCGCAAGCUGCGUUGCUUGAAGGUCAUGACCCGCGACACCGGUAUCUCCAUGGAUCCAUUGAUGGAUCUGCCGACCUUCACGCUCACGAGCAAAUCGCUCCUCCCGCUGCUCAAGCUCCGUUUAGAAACCCUGGUCCUACGCGGCUCUCCCGUUGACAUCGACGAUGACACGCUCGAGACGAUGGCCAUUUCCUGGCCGGAGCUCACCCGCCUCACCCUUGGCGUCGACAUGCGACUGGGCGACAGGCUUCCCCCGCGCGCGACUCUUCUCAGCCUGAUCCCCUUCAUCGAGAACUGCCCAAAUAUCAUGUACAUCGGUUAUCGGAUGCAGACGGACGUCCUCAGGGAAGAAGGGGAGCCUGUGCACGGAUACGGCCGCCCGGGGAACGGUGCCAUGACCGAGGGGGAGCUGGAGAUGGAGGUCGGUGACUCGCGGAUCCACAACUCCAUUGAGGUAGCCUCGUUCCUCUCGGACAUCUGCCCGACCCUGUGGUACAUCGGUACCCUGUGGAGGAACGCGGAGGACAUCGACGAGGACGAGUCGGAUGCGGACGUAUCUGAUGAAGAGGACAUGUACAACAAGUGGGACAAGGUGACGGAUUACUUGCCGCACUUUGUGAAAGUGAGGCAGCAGGAGCGGGACGGCGAGUUAUACUGACGUGUCAGGACCCCUCCUUGCUUCUAACGCUCACCUUCGGCAACUUUCCCACGGUCCGUACCUCAACAGGGGGAGGCAUAACGG